AUGACGUAUAAGUAUGCGCUUGGGCUUCCCAACAAAAAAAUCGCAUCCACGUAUCGCAAUGUCCUCAUUGAUGCUAUGGCUGAACACAUGAACGAUUGGACAUGGGUCAUGCCCUAUGAGACAGCUGGUAGCAUUCCAAUGUAUCCUUACAACAGAUCCAUCCGAGUUCGAGCCGAAAAGCCCGAUGAAACCUGGAGUGGUGCGCUUGGGAUCAAUCAGGAAGAAGUUCAAUGCAUGUUGGAGACGGUAUCUGGAUGA